AGAAGGGAGUGAGAAAGAAACUUUGUCUUGGUAAAGAAACUUCGUCUUGGUUGGUUCCAUCGACGACUCAUUCACUACUCACUGGUCUCUCUUGAUUCUAAUUCAAAAUCCAAAUCCCCCAAACACACCGCAACUUUUCUUCUUCCUUCCAAAUUCCAUCAAUCUGCUGCACACAACAAUGUUGCUCUCUGCGGAAACACUCGCCAACAUAAAGGAAGCAACUCAAAACGUUGCCUCCACGCGCCGCCCAUGGCGCGUAUUUCUUGACCUCUUCGCCCUCACCCUCCCGUCCUCCGUCUCCGAAGCCACCACACGCCUCGCCCACAACGUGACCUACUUCCUCUUCAACUACGCCGUCCUCCUCUUCCUCAUCUUCCUCCUCACCCUCUUCCCCAACCCACUCCCUCUCCUCCUCUUCCUCCUCCUCUCCGCCGCCUGGUACUUCAUCUACUUCUCCCGCGAUGACUUCCCCCUCGCAAUCCUCCCACUCGCGUUUCUCACCGUUGUCGCACUCCUCGCUACCGCCGCCUGGCUCAACCUUCUUCUUGCCGUCCUAAUUGAGGCCCUGGUGGUUUUCCUGCACGGGGUGCUCCGGAGCACGGACGGCCUUAUCGGGGACGAUCAAGAUUCCCCCUACGGCCAUAUGCUUGGUGACACUCCCGCCUCUGGUGCCUAUGUACCUGUUUGAUUUCUCCUUUUCCAUUUCUCAAUUCUGAUGUACAAUUCACUAACAAUCACCCAUUAUUCAUGUAUGCUACAUUCAUUGUAUCAAAUUUGCCUUGUCAUUGGAUGAAAGAUCCCCGUAAUUGGUGUGCUGCUGGGGAUUUAUCCUCGUUAUCAUAGGGUUUCUAUACGACUUUGCCCUGUCAUGUGCUAGGUUGAACUGAAAGCAAGCACAAAUAAUGCAUCAUCUGAGGACAAUUUAAGUGUAGUUCUUGUAACUGUUUCUGCUACUAGUCUAGUUUUUCUUUUAAAACCCGCCAAUUUUUAUUGAAACACAGUACAGCAAUACCUAACUUCUGCAUCGAAGUGUUGGUAA